GGAAAGCAAAAAGACACAGCAGGGUGAAAGCGAUGAUACGAUCCAUUCCAUCACGAAACCGCCUCAUUGGCGGCGUUCAGCUGGUGCAGACACAGGACGACAGCAUGGAUCCCAGACCGCACGAUCUCUGCAUCUUCAUCUGCGACCCUCGACAGGAUUGCCGUCAUCUUGUCGGGGUGCCACCUCAGCAACGAGCUGCGUAUGCGCUCCUUCUUCGUCACGGUCGCUCCCCGCACUUUGAGAGACGCGAACAGGAACUCCUCGAUCUUCUCCGUGGUCAAGUCGCCAACCCCGACAGGUCUCGGGCCAUCCGAAGCAAUGGGCCACGGAACGUCCGCGAACCGCAUCGCCGUCCCUUGAUCGUGAGAAGCAGCAGCAACAGCAGCAUUGGCGCCCCUGAGCGCCGCCCACCGACCCUCGUACGCAUCCCACCGCUCCGUCACCGCCUUCUCCACCGCCGCGACGCGCAGCUCCUCGCGGAUGGUCUCCGUGCGCGCAUAGUCGCGGUUGCCCUCCGCGUCGCGCAGGACGCCGCCCGAGCGCACCCAGUCGAUCUCCCCCUUGAGCGCCUCCGCGUUCGCGCGCUCCAUGCGCGUGCGGUGCAGCGCGGCACGGUGCGCCUCGGCCGCUGCGAACGCGUCGUCUGCCGCUUUUUCGCGUUCGCGCGCGUGGUUGUCGAUGGGGCUCGCGAAAACUGGGCUUGGGGCUGGGGCCGAAGCCGAGAUGCGGGGUGGUGUGUGAGGCGCGGCGGACGGCAGCCGUAUCGGGGGAGAGUUGGGUGGGAAGGCGAGAUAGGCUCGGGUACUCCCCUGCUGCGCGGAAGGUGCGAUGAAACGAGGGACACUGGGUUUGGUCGAUGCUCGGGGACUGGGGGUGGCGAACAGCAGAGGAGGAGGACUGCCCGCGGAUAUUUUGGGAGCAGAGGAGGGACCCGGCCGGGGCGGGGUAUAAAACGCGCUUUGCAUGCCGUCUAUGUGAGGUGCUAGACUGGAAGGAGCGAGCAGCGCGUUUCCGCAUUGUCGUUCACGCCGUCGGUUACUGGCCUCUCAUGACGAUUCUUGACUUCCCACUGCGACCCAUUGACGCGAAAUACAAUGGGUAAUAACGAUGAAUGUCUGUGGAGAUCUUUCGUGUGUGCGUGUGGCGGUGACCGUUUCUCAUCAAGUUGGGUGCAGUUGUGUCCACUUGCUCCAUCGCGCGAUUACUGAUAGUAUUACGUGCGAGUGAUUAUCGUUACUCGACACGUCAUCAGACAUUCGCCGCCGCUCCCUGAGGCGU